AUGUCAAAGCCCAUCUUUGUUUUCACAGCGGGCGCCUGGAAUUCGCCUGAUACUUUCGACCCCGUCAUUGAUAUCUUAGCUCAGAAUGGCUACGAGUCUCGAAAGAUUGAUCUACCGUCACUUGGGGGAGAUCCUGUGACAAAAGGGUUUGAGGAAGACGUGCAGCUCAUCAGAGCCACUGUGACUGAGCUGGUAGAUACUACACGAAGCAUUGUCAUGGUCGCACAUUCGUAUAGUGGACUACCGGUUUCUGAAGCCCUGCAAGAUCUUGGUGUUCAUGAGCGUGCGAAGAAAGGCCACGUGGGUGGAGUUGCGCAUAUCGUCUACAUUUCAGCAAUGAUGAUACCAGAGGGCGCGACAAUAGGAAAUUCAGAUACGGGCGAUGGGGUUCAUCUUUUCUGGCAGGUCGAUUUAGAUAAAGGGAUUGUAUGGGUCGAAAAGGAGCAACAGUUGAAUCUGUGGUUCCACGACCUGCCGCCCGACCAAGCCGAGCAAUGGGCCGCGAGAACUCGAGUACACAGUCUUGGUGUUCUUUGGAGCAAGACAUCUUACGCAGCUUGGCGUUACAUUCCCUCGACGUAUGUCAUCCCCGAGGAUGAUCGUGGUUUCGCUGUAGCUGCGAUGGAAGCUAUGGUCGAGACUGCGAGGAUAGCAAGUCCGACGGCACUGAAAGAGACGAAACGUAUUCCAGGAGCGGGUCAUUUUGUAAUGUUGUCGAAGCCAGGCGCUGUGGCAGAGAUACUCGGAGAAGUUGCAAGCUAUUGUUGA